CUGCCCAAAUCAGCUGUGUCAGUUUUGCUAAUCGCGAUGAGUGGCUCACUGGCUCGUUCGUUGCGGUAGCCGCGCAUUGGUGUAUUAAAGCGGUAACAGUGAAAAGGCUCUAUUUUGCAUAGCUUUGAUUGUUUAUUGACCUUUCCUUGCAAAAAGAGGUUUUGUUCAUUUGGUUGUGGUAAAAAAAAAAUCACGGCUUUAGCUUGUAGAUAUGCAAAUGUUAAGUCUCAUUUUUUGUUGGGACAGUGGGUUGGAGGGGAUGCAAAGCGACUUUCUUGGAAAGAAAUUGUAAUUGAUUGUUCUCGUGAGAAGUGGAGUGGAAUGGAGAGAACAUCUGAAGUGAAGCUUGCCGGUCUAAUAACAUUAUUUUUUGCAACUUUCAGUCUGAGGCAACCAAACAAUCGAUCAAAUUCAAGGGGUGCAGGCAUCAAGAAGGAUGAUUCUGUUCGAAGAGGAGGGAGCUCUGCUAAUGGUGGUCCAGCCCAAAUUUUCACUUUCCGAGAAUUGGCUGUUGCCACCAAGAAUUUCAGAAAAGACUGCCUGUUGGGUGAAGGUGGCUUUGGUCGUGUCUAUAAAGGACAGAUGGAGAAUGGACAGGUUAUUGCUGUGAAGCAACUUGAUAGAAAUGGUCUGCAAGGAAAUCGAGAAUUUCUUGUGGAGGUUCUCAUGCUAAGUCUCCUGCACCAUCCUAAUCUGGUCAGAUUAAUUGGCUACUGUGCAGAUGGUGACCAGCGCCUUCUAGUUUAUGAGUAUAUGCUUUUGGGGUCACUAGAAAACCAUCUUCACGAUCGCCCACCAGGCAAGAAACCUCUAGACUGGAAUACAAGGAUGAAGAUUGCUGUCGGUGCAGCGAAGGGUUUGGAGUACCUGCAUGAUAAGGCAAAUCCGCCAGUCAUAUAUAGAGAUUUCAAACCAUCAAAUAUUCUUCUGGGUGAAGACUAUUACCCCAAGCUGUCUGAUUUUGGGCUUGCAAAACUUGGUCCAGUUGGUGACAAAACUCACGUAUCAACAAGAGUUAUGGGAACAUAUGGCUAUUGUGCUCCAGAAUAUGCCAUGACAGGACAGUUGACAGUAAAAUCUGAUGUUUACAGCUUUGGCGUUGUCUUCCUUGAACUCAUUACAGGCCGCAAAGCCAUUGAUCACACCCAGCCUGCAGGGGAGCAAAAUCUUGUUGCAUGGGCUCGCCCACUGUUUAGAGACCGAAGAAAGUUCUGCCAAAUGGCUGAUCCAUCACUGCAUGGUGGUUAUCCCAAAAGGGGUUUGUACCAGGCUUUAGCUGUUGCAUCUAUGUGCUUACAGGAGCAAGCAACAUCUCGACCCCUCGUUGCGGAUAUUGUCACUGCACUUUUAUAUCUAGCUUCAAAUCAUUAUGAUCCUAAUGCACCUUCCACAAAGAGUUCAAGGACUUGCCCAUCCACUCCAAAGGCAAAAGCACAUCGACGAACGACCAGUGUUCCUGAUGCCCAGCAUGCUGCCGAUUCACUUAACUGGAACUUCCCAGACUUGGGUAGGAAGGAAACUACUAGAGGGGAAUUCGAACAGGAUCAUAGCGAAGGUUACGGAAGUGGCAGUAGCUCUGGAAGGAAUGAUGGUAUCGAUGUUCCAGAGCUGCUGGCAUUGCAUAAUGGACAAAAUAACAGUGAAGCUGAUAUAUAUCACAAGUCCACUGUUAAGCUUGAUGCCCAUGAGAAACAGAGAUCACGGUCAGGCAAAGGCAGCAGGCAGUUUUGAGCAUACAACAGAGCAUUGAUGCAAUUCUUUCAACGAUUGCUAUCAAAUUUCCCAGACAUCCUCACUGCUUCUGCUGAAGAUUGGAUACUCUUUGUUGGCACAGUUGCGCACUCUCAUAGUCCAGGUGUUGUAUUGUUGAAUUUUAGUUGUUUCCAAAGGUAUACAUGAAGACCAUGAUCUGGUGGAAGCAAGAAAAGAGAGCAUGCAUUUGAUCGGUGUCAGCUUCAUUCAUCCUGUAAAAAGAUUUUACUCUUAAUUAGGUCACAUAGUGUAUUUGUGUAUGCCAUACUUAUCACUCAGGAAUUAGGGUGUUUUAUAGGUACAGAACAAAACUGUUUUCAGAACGGCCUGUAUUAUUUAUGUGUUUUUACAUGUAACACAACGAUUUGCGGACAAAGACAUACUGUACAGACUAUAGAGUAUACGAUCAUAUGGUGUGAAAUUUUGAUCAUGUAUACUAUACAAA